AAAAACGCAGUUGGAGGAUAAAUCGAAUAUUCUUGAAUUUCAAAUAAAUGAAACCAGUAAAGCUAGGCAGGAAGCAAGCGAUUAUAAACAUCAAAUUGAGGACGAAGAACUCGAAAUAAAGAACUUGCAAUCAACUAUAUCUUCUUAUAAGUUAACCAUCGAUUCGAAUAAUGAAAUAAUAUCAAAAUUGGAUUUGGAAAACAAACGCCUUGAUCAGGAACGAAAUGAAGACAAAAAGAAACUGAGUGAAAUCGUUGAUUGUGAAUCGGAAUUUGACAAUGAUUAUGAUACAUCUUAUAGAAGGCCUGUGCAAACUGCUUACGUAAGGCAAAUGCGUUAUCCAAGCUCUUGCCUGAACUUGUCUGCGGGCAAGCAAAAGAUACAAAUUGGAAAUGUAUCUCCUUUUGAUGUGAUUUGUGAUUGGAGAGGUUGGAUGACCAUUCAGCAAAGAAUCGAUGGAGGCAUUAGCUUCGAUAGAAACUGGGAGAAUUACGCAUUUGGAUUUGGCGACUUGGAAGGAGACUUUUGGCUUGGAUUGGAUAAACUUCAUCAGAUAACGAAUUCAACCCGACAAGAGUUACAAAUCUUUGUGCGUUAUUCAUUCAACACAAGUUUCUACGAAUAUGAUAACUUUAAGAUUGCAAGUGCAGACGAAUUCUAUGAAUUGAAAUCGCUCGGAAACCAUAAAAGCAAAAUUAAUUACACGCAGCUUCAAGAAAAUACCAAAUUUUCAACAUACGAUAGAAACCUUGGAGAGAGUCUUGAAAGAUGCGCCGAAGAUGGAGAUGGUGGCUGGUGGUAUGGAAAAGAUUGUGGAAAAAAUCUAAACUCGCCAUACCGUCAAAUACGCACAACAACUGGCAUUCAAGCCAAAUUCGUCUCCAUGCGGAUUCGUCCAUACACUGAGAAAAAUUGAAGGCUCUACAACUUAUUAGCUUGAAAAUCGA